UUCAUUGUUUGCGUUCAUUUUCUCUCCCCCAUGUGGUAAAUUUGCUUAACUAUCAUCGGCCGUCAUUUUUGGCGCAAAACAAAACACUCAAAAAGCCGGAUUCGCUUUGUAAUCUCUCGCGCAACAAUACAACAUAGAAGAUUUUCACUACACAACAUGUUGAAAGAUGGAAAAUCGAAUCUUCCCUGGGUGGAGAAAUAUCGUCCAGCUACCCUCAACGAUCUUAUCUCACACGAGGAAAUAAUAUCCACAAUUAACAAAUUUAUCCAGGAGGACCAACUGCCCCACUUGCUGUUCUACGGCCCGCCUGGAACGGGUAAAACAAGUACCAUUCUCGCGUGUGCUCGCCAGCUCUACAAAACACAGUCCUUCAACCAAAUGGUGCUGGAACUGAACGCUUCCGACGAUAGGGGCAUAAACAUUGUCCGGGGUCAAAUUCUUAAUUUCGCCUCCACCAGGACUAUUUUCAGUGGGGGCUUCAAGCUGAUCAUUCUGGACGAGGCGGACGCGAUGACAAACGACGCGCAGAACGCUCUCAGGAGAAUUAUCGAAAAGUACACGGACAAUGUUCGGUUCUGCAUCAUAUGCAACUAUCUGAGCAAAAUUAUUCCGGCGCUGCAGUCGCGAUGUACCAGAUUUCGGUUUGCGCCACUGUCGCCGGAUCAAAUUCUGCCUCGGUUGGAGCAUGUGGUUGAGGCGGAAGGCAUUAAAGUUUCGGAAGAUGGCAAGAAAGCACUCAUGACACUCGCUGGCGGGGAUAUGCGCAAGGUGCUCAAUGUUCUUCAGAGCACAUGGAUGGCAUACAAGAAUGUGACGGAGGAUAAUGUCUAUACGUGCGUUGGUCAUCCGCUGAAAAGUGAUAUAACAAACAUCGUAGAUUGGCUGCUCAAUGCGGACAGCUUCAAGGAAAUUUACGAAAAAAUUCAAGAACUGAAGACCAACAAAGGUCUUGCGUUGGAAGACAUUUUGACGGAAAUUCAUCUCUAUGUUCACAGAAUGGAACUUCCGCCUCGAGUGAUAUCACAGCUGCUUAUUAAGAUGGCAGCUAUUGAGGAACGGUUGGCAGCUGGGUGUGUGGAAAAACCACAGUUGGCUGCUCUGAUCGCGGCAUUCAACAUGGCCCGGGAUCAAGUUAUUGUUGAAAGUUAAUUUUUUACAUGUAGUUUUGCGAUUGAAAGUAAAUUCUUUAUAAGGCGAGAAAAAAUAAACUUAGUAUAUUGUUUAAA